CCGCUGGUUGGGAAUAUUUUCCAGUUGGAUUGGAAACAUCCUUUUAUGACAUUUGUCAAGUGGGCGGAGGAGUACGGAGACAUUUAUUCGGCAUCCAUGGGAAGCCAGAGGAGUGAUUAAUACGGAAGGGCGACAUUGGGAGGAUCUGAGACGAUUUACGCUCCGACAACUGCGAGACUUUGGGUUUGGCAAGAGCUCGAUGGAAGUUUUGAUCAUGGACGAGCUGACGGAAAUUUUGUAGUGGAUGAAGUCCCAGAAGGAUCUGCCCAUCACGGACGUCAAGCAGCGGAUGGCCAUCGCCGUGGUCAAUUCCUUGUGGACGGUUGUGGCCGGAAAGCGGUACAAGCACACGGAUCCGGCCGUGGUACGAUUGACGAAGGAUAUCACGGAAACUAUGGAAGAACUCGGGAAGAAAGCCGGGCCUGGGAUUAUGAUGCCGUGGUUGAAAUAUGUCGGAUUUAAGGGGGUCGAAAUGUGGAGAAACCACUUGGAUAGAAUUAAACUAAUGUUCUCCACAGUUAUGAGUGAACACAAGGAAACUUACUCGGAGGAUAGUCCGAGGGACUUUAUCGAUGUCUUCUUAAGAGAAAUAGCCUCCUGUAAAGAUGAAGAUUCCCCGUUUUUUAAGCAGGUCGGAUACCGCCAGCUAAUUGCAGUAAUCAAAGACCUGUUUGAUGCUGGAUCACAAUCUUCGUCAAUCACGCUGACCUGGAUUUUCCUCUACUUGGCUACGUUUCCAGACGUGCAGAAAAAAUUGCAGGACGAGGUGGACCGUGUCGUGGGAAAUUCGAGACAGUGCAGUUUAUCGGAUAGACCAAACCUUCCCUACGUGGAAUCCUUUCUCGCCGAGGUGCACCGUUUCACAUCCGCCGCACCGGUCGGAGUACCGCAUCGAGCCCUGGCCGACACGACGUACAAAGGAUACGCCUUCCCCAAGGGGACAGCCAUCAUGGCAAACCAGUGCGGGAUCCACUACAGCGAAAAGAUCUGGGGUGACCCGAUGAACUUUCGACCCGAACGAUUUCUUAGUCCGGAUGGAGCAAAGUUCCAGAAACACGAAGCCCUGAUCCCUUUUUCGACGAGGAGGAGGCAAUGCGCCGGCGAAACGUUGGCGAGGGACACGCUCUUCCUCUACACGUCCAACAUCUGCCAAAGGUUCGAGAUCAAGUUUGAUCCCAACGAUGCCAAAGCUAAUCCAGGGUUAAAGCCGUCGGCAGGAUUCAUCUUGACCCCGCAAGUUUUCAAGGUCGUUUUUAAGGAUAGGUUAGACUAAGGACUUGUUGUUAGCUAUACAGUUACCUACAUAACUAUCCAAUGUAUUUACACGCCUAAUUUUUAAUAGUACCAAUAGUUAAUUUUUCUUAGAAAAUUGGAACACACCCUUUCUGAGUGAAAUCUUGUCAAAUUAAAUUAUGACAAAAUCAAUAUUUCUACUACUUAAAAUGGUAAAAAUAUCACCUACCUACAUAUAAAUUAUAAGGCUUAAACCCUAGCAAUUUUAAGAAAGAUUAAAAAUAUUUUGAAAAUUUGAAAAUUUGACUAAAAAAGUAAUGCUUUUCGUCCCGCACUGAUCUCAUUUUAGAGUUCUUACUUCCUGAGCAAAUAUUGACAAUCGGAUUCGACCUGUUCUGCUGUCCUAACAAUGCGAUGGUGUGAAGUGUAACUCUCCGAUUUGGUUUAAAUAUUGGAAUUACAUAUCGUCGCUGUUCGUGCAAAAGUUGUCGGAUCAAAAACCAGGUGGAAACAAAAGUUGUCGAAUGAAAAUGCGGGAAAAGUGUGAUACCAUGUUAUACUUAUGAAGUCUCACUUCCCCCAAAAAUUGUUUCAAACUUGUUUUGUUGAUCCGACAACUUUUGCACGAACAGCGACGAUAUCCAGACCAAGUGAAUACAUAUAGCAUUUGCUCAGGCAGUUUGUGCGAUGGUCUAAAUAUUUGGGCUCAAAGUUGUCAUACUAAAGUAUAAUAUGUAAUAUUCACCGUAAUGACGAUAUCCAACUACAUUACCGUGUAGAUUCUUUUACCUAUUUGCAACCCUUCCUUUAUAUUUUAUCAUAGCUCUUUGUCUUUCACUGUAUUAUGCAACAUAAAAGUACGGUACUUGAAGUACCAAUUGUAAAAAAUUACACUUAAUAAACAUAUUCGUACAAUUUCGGUUGGAUUUAAUUGUACACAUUACA